ACCCCCCCUAAAGUCAAGCUCCCCUCUCAAUCCCAAGUACAUCUCUCAAUCGCCAUAUUGGGUACUGAGAAGGUUUGUCUGCAGUUUCUCUCACUACGGGACGAAAUUGACAGAGAGGCUUCAGUUCCUGUGCACUUUGUUUUGAUGAUCCGCGGAGACCACUGCCGGCUUCACGACACCGCGGCCGUUACCGUCUCCAGCUCGACGUAUGCAUGGCAUAAGUCAUUUCACGCUUGUUUUGGAUCUUGCUCAGCGACGAGGAGAUAACCUGUUGUUUUUGAGCGGUGUGUUUUUCUUGUGAAAACUGGACGCUCCCGGCUGUUUGAGAAAUUGUGUCUUUUCUUCGGGGGGGAAAAUGUCAGAUGUUCGACUUUCAAACGGGAGCCCGACGCUGGAGCGGACGGACCCCCGUGUGUCGGAUCACCCGAAACCGUCAGCUUGCAGGAGCCUCUUCGGCUUCGUGGAUCACGAAGAGUUAAAGAAGGAUUUAAAGGGACAUUUGCGGGAGAUGGAAGAGACUGCCUCCGCCAAGUGGGGCUUCGACUUCGCCAAUCACACGCCGCUGGCCAACGACAGGCUCCAGUGGGAAUUAGUGGAUCGCAGAGACGUCCCGGAUUUCUACCACCGGCCGCACCGGAGGGAGAAGGGCGUCUGCUCCGCUGGGAAUAACAAUGUGGAUCUAAAUGGGAAUCAUAACUGUGUUGUGGUAGCUCCGAGCGAUGACACCGACAGGUCUGAGGCGCAGAUGGAGUGCACGGAGCAGUGCACCGGGCUGAGGAAAAGACCUGCACGUCACGACCCCUCGGCCCAAAAUAAGAGGUCACACACCAGCUCAGAUGAGGUUAGUUGUCCAAGUCUGAGCCACUCUGCAGAACACACACCCAGAAAGACCAGCCCCAAGAGACAAACGUGAGGACCACAAACGAGCCGAAGAUGUACGUCCCUCCUUUUUUAUGUGGGGAAAGCUCAGUGUUGGCCGAAUUUUUUUUUUUUUUUUUUUUUUUCAUUUUUUUUUCUUUUUUUGGAAGAGGAACUACACAGCAUCAGAAACAUAUCAGCUCUCCUGAAGACGGGGGAGGACGCUGUUGAAGCACUGAAUAGAAACACUAAAGUUGUGGCACUCAAUUAAAAGUUACUGCCUCUAAAAGCAGUCAAUGUAGCAGUGUGCAAUUAGGUUUGAUUUCCUUUUUUGCUCCUUUUUUUUACUACCUGUGUGUAAAUAAAUAUAUAUAUUAUAUUAUAUUUCUCUCCAUAUGUAGCACAUAAGAUAACAUUAUGAUUUGAACACAAAUCCUUUAUGUAAAAAGGUGUGAAUUUUGAUUUGACUUGAAGAAUUGCAGUGUAGUUUGAUACAUGUUUCCAAAAUGCUGUUUUUGUUUUUUUUAUUUUUGUUUUUUUAUUUUUUUUUUGAAAGGCAGUGUGACUUUGACACAGUCCCUAAUUGCUACAUGUAAAACAAAAAAAAAUCAUAGCUUCUUACAGUUUCUUAACAGUGUAUCUUCACUCCGUCAUCUUCCUAACUCAGCAGUGAAGAACGGUACAAAUGUAGCUCAUCUGCUUUGUUUUUUUUUGUUUUUUUUUUGUUUUUCCUUCCUCUGGUCAUUUCAGUGUCACCAAGUGCAGGUUCCAUUUCCCCAGGAAAUUGACACAGGGAAAAAAAAUAUAUAUUUCUAUUAGAGCGAUUUGCAGAAAGUCCUAUUUAUUUUUGUGGUAGGUGCUUUUUUAGCAUCAGUUGAAAUCUGGAAUGUGAUAUGGGUUUUUUUUUUUUUUUCUCAAGUACUCCUGCACACCUCAGCCACAUUGUAAUGGUGUGUUUGAUUUCCCUUGGAGUUGUGAGGUACUCAAGAUAUUGAAGGACAAAGACCGUACAAGCUGCACAAGUUGUGUUGUAAAGUCAUCAUUUCCUUUGACUGUAUUCCUAUUGUUUCAUCAGCCUUACUGCUCUUCAGAGAGGAGAUUUUUUUUUUUUUUUUUUUUUUUUUUUUUUUAUAUAAGGGUUGAAUGUCCUACAAUACCAAAUACAUGGUUGCUUCAGUAUGGUUGCCAACACUGCCUGUGCUUCUCAGCUGACUUCACAUUGUAUUACUUUGUGAUAACCUAGACUUAAAUUUCCAUUGAUGUUUGUACUUUCUUUUUUUUUUUUUUUUUUUUUUUUUUUUUCCACCAAUGUUGUUAGCCUGCUGACGAUGCAAAUGUGAGCAUCUAAAAGCUUCCCUUUAUUUGCCUAAAGUGUGGGUUAUAUUCAAAGAGACCAGUGUACACCUGGGUGGAGGGAGAGAACAGCUCUUCUCAGAAAUGCAGUCACCAUGCCUGUGUAUUUGUGUAAAUCUUUGCAAUGAACCUAUGUACAUAAUUUUGUAAAAACACUGAGAAAUUAUACUAACUUAUUUAUGUCAAGCUUUUUUAUGUAGAAUAAAAAAAUGGGUUUUUGAUUACGGUUAUCCAAAGUGGCAUUUACUUUAUUAUAAUUGUCUUAUUUUGUAAAAGCAUAUUUUUGGUAGUUUUUUUUUUUUUUUUUUCUCCUUAUCAAUAAGGUUGCAAACUGAGCCUGAUAAAAUAUUUGAUGUGCAUUUUGUAAUGUGUGGUUAUAAAAUGUGUUGCAAUCAAUUAAAAGAGAAAAUUAAAUAGG